AUGGUGUUGCAAGGCGCCGCAGGUGAGUUGAUAUCCACUUCGGGUAAAUGGCCUAGCAACAUCCAGCGGGAUAUGCUCCGGAGAUGCAAAGCUGCGAAGGUGGCUUACAUGCAGAAGCAUAUACAUGCACAUCCUCUAGGUUGUGUUGUGUGCAAGAGUCUUCCUGUGGCUCUACCACAUGAAGUGCUUCCCUGGCUUGUGCGCCAGGGCAUCCUCCCGGUGGAUGAUACAGAUCAAAUUCAGAAGUUCUGGGAUCAUGCUCGGAGCACGGGGAUGCCAACAAUGGGGGCAGCGGACUUUCAUAUUCCUCUCUAUGUUUGGGGUGAUGAUGCUAGAUUUACAGAAACACAUGAGGAUAAGUUAGUGGCGGUGGCCUUUGGACGGCUCAUGGAGAAUUCCAAGAAUGCACUGCAGACCGUGUGGCCUCUGUUUGUCUAUCAGCAGGGACAGAGUGCGGGCCCUGGCACUCUCAACACUUUCAUGGAGGAGGUUGUGAACUCCUUCAACAUCCUCUUCUCGGAAGGGGUGAUGGUGGAAACCCCAAGUGGGCAGCGCAAGCGAGUGUACGCAGCGGUUGUGCAGUACCAGGGUGAUUGGAAGUGGCACAAGGCAGGAUUGUGGGAUCUACACAAACUUGCAGCCCGAAUAUCAGUCUAA